AUGGGCUGCAUAGUGGGCGGGGUCGCGGGCGCUGGUCACGCCCCCAACCUGCGCGUGCGCGUGCGCAGGAAUAAGAGCGAGGCCCGGGCGGCUUUCGGUCAGCGCCGCUGUUCGAGUGGCGCGAGUAGCGGCUGGAUGGCGUGUGGCGGGCCACUACGGAGCGCCGUGUUGGGCUUGGGGUUGCGGCUGCUGCUUGGCCUCGGACUAGGCUUGGAAGCCGCUCCGACCUCAGCCUCCACCUGGUUGUUGACCCCGUCUCCAGGCCCCAGCAUAGGCUCCUGCUUGCCUCCCGACUUCCAGUGUCGCACUAAUGGCUUCUGCAUUCCCCCCACAUGGCGGUGUGAUGGUGACAUAGACUGUGAGGAUGGCAGCGAUGAGGAGGAGUGCAGGAUUCAGCCCUGUGCCCAGAAUGGGCAGUGCCCCCCGCCUGCGGAUUCCACUUGCUUCUGCGACAGCAUCAGCGAUUGCCUUGGUGACCCUGACAAGAACCUGCAAAACUGUAGCCAUCGCCAGCCCUGCCCCACAAACCAGAUGCCCUGCAAGACUGUGGACAUGUGUGUGCCCCACGAGUGGCACUGUGACCGCCACCCGGACUGCCCUGAUGGCAGUGAUGAGCUGGGCUGUGAAGUCAAAUUGAAGGAAGGGCAUGCCUCGACCGUAGGGACCCCGGUCACCUUGGCAGGUGUCACAUCUCUCAGCAAUGCCACAGACUCCUUUGAGGACCAGCCUGGAAACCCAAGUAGCUACAAGGUCAUCGCAGCUGCUGGGUUACUGGGUGUCAGCCUGACUGCUGUCACUGUGCUAGUGUUGUUCCAGCUCCGAGCCCAACGGUCCCAGCGCCCACUGGGGCUGCUGGUCGCUGUGAAAGACUCCCUGAUGCUGUCAGAGCGGAAACGUUCUGUGCUCUGAAGAUCACCAUCAGUGUUGCCUUUGGAUCUUGACUGCAGCCAGCCUGGAGGAGGCACGGGCAGUCAUGGGUGUUCCAGCCCUUGGGAACCCAGCUGCCCUGGCACCUAGAACCUCAGACCCCAGCUCUUGCAGAUGCGGUUCCCAAGGGGGUGUGGCCAGAUGGUCAGGCCCCUGGGACUGAGAGUGAAGAUGGAGGAGAGGGAGCUGCAGGGUGCAACACAGUCUCGGACGUCAUCAUCUUGUGCACAGACACUCCUGCUGCCCCAGCUGGGUGGGGAUUAAAGUCCUGCAGCCCCUCUGCCUCUGGCCUUUGUUUGAGCCAGGCAGCCUGAGGGCUCUGCUGUCCCCCCUCCUCCAGGGUGAAGUGCUCAAUGUGGAGAAGGUGGGACCCAAGGUCCUGUCCCAGGCACCCCCUUAGCCACUGUGCCUCUUGCUUCCUGGGAGUGGAGCAAAUACGGGCUGGAGGGGUGCUCUGCAUUUGUGGUGGGCUUCAGGGGAGAAGAGCAGAACUCGGGCACUGCCUGCUCCUUCCUCUAGUUGGGGUCCCCCUGCAGGCUUCUGCCUGAUAAGGAAGCCCAAUGGCCUCCACUGGUCUUGGCUCCAUCCUGUUUUAAAAUAUAGAGUUUAUUUACUCAAGUAUGGUAAGACCAACUGAUAAAAGAGAUAAGCAACAGCCAGGCAUGAUGGGGUAUGCUUGUAAUCCCAGCACUCAGGAGGCUGAGGCAAGAGGAUCAAAAAUUCAAGACCAGCCUGUGCAGUUUUGAAAUUUAGCAAGACAUGUCUCAGAAUAAAAAGGCUGCAGUGUGAA